UUUUUCAAUAAAUAUUUUUUUGAUUUUUCAUUUUUCAUCCAAUAAAAAAGCGAAAGUUAGUUUUGUUUUUCAUCCAAUUUGAAUCUUCUGUUUUCUGAUUUGAGCUUCGAUGAAACUUUCUUGAAUUUUUCUUCUUUUUUAUUUUUUAAUAAAUAUUUGUUAAUGCGACGAUCAUUAGUUUCCAAAAUAAUAAAUAACUCAUAAAGAUAAUGAACAAAAGAUUAAAUCCAAAAAAAAUUACACAAAAAAAUGUAAGAAAGGUUGAGAAAAUUUUCCAGUGCAAGGAAAAUUUAAUUUCAUUUUUCUUAAAUGUGUUUCAACGAAACUUUU